AGCCACAACAUGUGCAGCAAAAACACAAUCAUUCUCGCCAACUCCUCCUACCUUCGAAGUCCAAAAGAUUUUGUCUUCAACACCCGGGAGAAGUGUGAAUGCGACGCAGAGCUAGAUGAACCAGUGGAACUAUCCGUUCGGGAGGUGCACAAAACAUUCAACGUGACCAUGCCGAAGGUGACCAUAAAUUGGCUGAAUAAGACCGAAAAUAUUAAGAAACUUCUACAGAAGAACACGGUGAAGAAUUUUAAGAUUGUUUUUACUUCCAACCACCAAGCAGGUAGAGGGGAAUUUCUGUUGCAGUAUAAAGCGGACAGACAAAUAAGACUGGUCUGCAACCAAGAAGUGACCCACGAAAUAGACUUGGGUACCAUCCUGAUUGCUCCGAUAGCAAUGAUAGCACUACUGAUUAUAAUAGGUAUCCUAUUUUUCAUCAUCGAAGGAAUUAAGAGAUCUCGCAAGCAGAGGCUCCAGGUGGCAGAAGCUCACAAGAAGAGCACAGUCACAGACCUGGAGGCCGAUUCAAGACCUGACCUGCUCAAUUACGGCUCAACAGUUCUCGAUGCAAAGAGUGAUAUUCCUCUCAAACAGAGCGAGGAGGAGGGAGUUCCCAACUGAUGAGGGCAUCCACGACUGUUUCAGAUGGCAACACCUUCAA